GCGUUGGAAAGAGGGAAGUGUCCGUCGAUACAAGGACGCGCAAGACAAAGACAGUAGGUCCUAAACGUGGAGUGCUUCUGCCGCAAUUUUAUAAAUUUACUGACGAGCUGUUUGUUCGGGGGGGUUGCACUUUGUUGGGCCAGUUUUCCUCUCGCCGGGAUGCACUCAGUGUUAGUGACGGGAGCGAAUCGAGGUGUCGGCUUGGAGUUUGUUCGGCAGUUUCUGCAGCUCGAAGAAUCGCCAAAGCAUGUCUUUGCUUGCUGCCGAAACCCUGAAGACGCCAAGGAAUUGCAAAAUUUGUCUAAAGAUAAGCAUCAAUUAAAGAUCGUCAAGCUGGAUGUCACAGACAAGGCGACAUUUCCAGACGCCGUUGAGACGGUCAACCAGAACGUGGGUGAGGAGGGGCUAGGGGUGCUGAUAAACAACGCUGGAGUACUGCAGCGAGGGAGUACAGAGACCACUAGCAUGGCGGACAUGGAGGAAAGCUACCGGGUCAAUGUCAUGGGACCGUUUGCUGUAUCACAGGCAUUUCUACCUGCUUUGAAAAGAGCAGCCGAGACCAACCGCUUAACAGACAACCCUAAACAUCUCAGCACUGGCCGAGCAGCCAUCGUCAACAUCACGUCUGCACUCGGGUCAUUUCAACUCUGCACAUCAAGUCGAUACAUUCCAUACAGAACAACUAAGGCUGCUUUGCACAUGCUGACCAAGUGCAUGACCUUUGACCUGACCCCGCAAGGCAUCUUGGUCGUUGCUAUGCAUACUGGCUGGGUUCAGACGGACAUGGGAGGCAAGAACGCCACCCUGACGCCUCGGAGGAGUAUCCAGGGAAUGUUGCGGGUCCUGACCCGUCUGAGCGAGAAGGAUGCGGGCAAGGCCUUCACCUGGGAAGGCAAACUGUUGCCAUGGUAACGAGGGACAUUGCAUCUGUUGUCGUGUUACACAUUGGCAAUUUCUCACAGACUCAAAGGAAAUGGAAGACAUAUCAAAGGCCUUCAGGCAUUAUUACGGAGAGACUAUCGGCGUUGUGCCUGUCAAAAUAAGCAUCUGCUUUUCUAAUAUACCCUUUAAAAAGGGUGUUUAGCUAUUAAACACAAUCUUGCCAUCAAGUUGUAAAUGCGUUUAGGAGCAGUAAACAGGUGUGCAAUUCCCAAACUGCAAUGGCUAAACCUAUACAUCAAACUAAACUUAUUUACGUUCUGACACAGGCAAUAUUUUAUAAUUAUGACAGCUGCACAUGCAGUUCUUAUCAGGAGUAAAGUAGCACUUGACUUUGUAUGAAAACCCUCGUUUUGCAUCACGGUCCAUAACCUGUUUAUAAUCACGUGGACUUGUCGGUUGGGAAAAGCUUCUGAAAGCAAGGAUGAAGCCACUCUUCUUAGACACUCCAAAAUCAAUCAUAAUGUCAGAAGGCCAGUCCAGUUGGACUUGACUGCGUUUUGCUUUAUGGAUGUUUGUGCCAAAGGUUCCAAUCUCGUUAUGUGCUUCCACCCAGAUCGAGUACGUUUCGCCAGUGCUUAUAAUUAUUUGUGUUUCAUUUUUGCGUAAAACUUGAGAAUGUUAGUAUGUUUGUUAUAUAUAAGAGAGAGAGGGCAGAAAUAAACGAGCAUCUUUUUUCAA